AUGACUUGUAAGGGGUUUUGUAUAUCAAGAGACAAAUUGACUUUUAAGUGUUACAAUCCAGGUCCAAUAUCAAAACGGAGAAGAAAAGUUGCAAAUGUUCUUACCAUUAUUUGUUCACCAGUUGGAAUGUGUGCAGUGAAUUGUACUGUUAAACAAUUAUUGAUUAACGAGCUUUUAUUCCAUUUAGGAGUUAUCCCUGGUAUAAUCCAUGCGUUAAUGUUUAUUAAGAAAUUACCUGAUCUUGAUGAGAGCCAACAGAAAGCUAUUGCUGAUCAACUUAUAAUCAUUCAAGAGAGUUUCAAAGAUGUUGAAUCAAUCCAUAGUCACUAUGAUCAAGAAACUCUUACUUCAGAUGUAUCAAUGAGAAAAAGACAAUCAUUCGUUCAGACUUGA